AUGCGCUGCGUCGCUCGCCUCACAGAUAAGCAUCAGGCACGCUCCACCGCCACAUUCGCUCUGCAAAGAAGGACAUACGCUGAGUCCAAGGGCGUCAAGGAGUAUACUGUCCGUGAGGCCCUGAACGAGGCCCUCGCUGAGGAGCUCGAGGCCAACGACAAGGUCUUCGUCCUGGGUGAGGAGGUUGCCCAGUACAAUGGUGCAUACAAGGUGACCAAGGGACUCUUGGACCGCUUCGGUGAUAAGCGUGUCAUUGACACCCCCAUCACCGAGUCCGGCUUUGCCGGCCUGGCCAUCGGUGCCGCCCUCAGUGGUCUGCACCCAGUUUGCGAGUUCAUGACCUUCAACUUCGCCAUGCAGGCUAUUGACCAGAUCGUCAACUCCGCCGCCAAGACCCUCUACAUGUCCGGUGGUAUCCAGCCCUGUAACAUCACUUUCCGUGGCCCCAACGGUUUCGCAUCUGGAGUCGCUGCUCAGCACUCCCAGGACUACAGUGCCUGGUACGGUUCCAUUCCCGGUCUCAAGGUCGUCUCACCCUGGUCCGCUGAGGAUGCCAAGGGUCUCCUCAAGGCUGCCAUCCGCGAUCCCAACCCCGUCUGUGUGCUCGAGAACGAGCUUCUGUACGGCCAAUCCUUCCCCAUGUCCGAGGCCGCCCAGAAGGACGACUUCGUUAUUCCCAUCGGAAAGGCCAAGAUCGAGCGCCAGGGCAAGGAUAUCACCAUCGUCACCAUCUCUCGAUGCGUCGGUCAGUCUCUCGUUGCUGCCGAGGCCCUCAAGAAGAACUACGGUGUUGAGGCCGAGGUUCUCAACUUGCGAUCCAUCAAGCCUCUUGACGUCGAGUCCAUUGUCAACAGUGUCAAGAAGACUGGCCGCCUGAUCGCCGUUACUUCCGACUUCCCCGCCUUCGGUAUUGGAUCCGAGAUUCUGGCUCUCGCUUCCGAGUACGCUUUCGACUUCCUCGAUGCUCCUCCCCAGCGUAUUACCGGUGCUGAGGUUCCUACUCCCUACGCCCAGGGUCUUGAGCAGAUGGCCUUCCCCAACGAGAAGCUGAUCGAGAACUACAUUGCCAAGAUGCUCAAGUUAUAA